AUGGCUGAGAAAUUAUCAGAACAACAGAUUGCAGAGUUUAAAGAAGCUUUCUCCUUAUUCGACAAGGAUAGUGAUGGAAAGAUAACUACUAAGGAAUUAGGUACCGUGAUGAGGUCGUUGGGACAAAAUCCAUCUGAAAGCGAGCUUACUGAUAUGAUCAACGAGGUUGAUGUCAAUUCAGAUGGUUCAAUUGAUUUCCCUGAAUUUUUAACAAUGAUGGCUAGAAAAAUGAAAGAUACUGAUUCAGAGGCAGAAAUUGCAGAAGCUUUCAAGGUAUUUGACAGAAACGGUGAUGGUAAAAUCAGUGCAGCUGAGUUGAGACACGUUUUAACUUCAAUUGGCGAAAAAUUGUCCGAUGCCGAUGUCGAUCAAAUGAUAAAAGAAGCUGAUACUAAUAAUGACGGCGAAAUUGAUAUCCAAGAGUUUACUCAACUAUUGGCCGCUAAGUAG